AGACUCUUUUGACAAAGCUGUGUAUCAGUUGCCUCUCCGGACUGUGUGUCCGUUUUCUUCCAUGGCAUUUCGUGAUGUUGUUGCUUGUGUGUAGAUCGGCGCUCCGCUGUUAGUGAGCUGAAGCGCUGGAGAUGCUGAAAGUGACAAUGCCCGCCUCUAGAGCCGCUCCUGAAUACUGGAUCGAUGGAUCCAAGAAAGAGACUCUGGCGGACUUCUAUGAGCUGGAGUCUGAAUUGGGACGGGGAGCCACAUCAGUGGUGUUCCGAUGCCGUCAGAAAGGCACCCAGAAGCACUAUGCUGCGAAAAUGCUGAAAAAAACUGUUGACAAGAAGAUUGUACGAACAGAGAUAGGUGUAUUACUGCGCCUCUCUCAUCCAAAUAUAAUCAAACUGAAGGAGAUCUUUGAGACCCCUGCGGAGAUUAGUCUCGUGUUAGAACUUGUUACCGGUGGAGAAUUAUUUGACAGGGUGGUGGAGAAGGGCUACUACAGCGAACGAGACGCCGCUGAUGCAGUUAAACAAGUGCUGGAGGCGGUCGCGUACCUGCAUGAGAAUGGUGUAGUGCACAGAGACCUGAAACCUGAGAACCUGCUGUACGCCACCUCAGCGCCAGAUGCUCCGCUCAAAAUAGCGGAUUUUGGUUUGUCGAAAAUUGUAGACGAUCAGGUAACAAUGAAGACUGUGUGUGGGACUCCAGGCUAUUGUGCUCCUGAGAUUUUGCGGGGAUGUGCCUAUGGCCCUGAGGUUGACAUGUGGUCUGUGGGAGUUAUCACGUACAUUUUGUUAUGUGGUUUUGAGCCCUUUUUUGAUGACAGAGGAGACCAGUACAUGUUUAAACGCAUCCUGAACUGUGAAUAUGAAUUUGUCUCCCCCUGGUGGGACAAUGUGUCUCUCAAUGCCAAGGACCUUGUGAGUAAAUCUAAAUAUACUGCAGCGGUCAAAGCGGUGGUUGCUUCAACUCGAUUGGGCAGCGCAGGAAGCCAUGGCAACCCAGACGGCAACAAACCCGACAGCAGUCCCUCCUCUAUCAAAGAGAAGACAGCAGAGGAUCAGCCAGGCACUGCACAGCCUCCGAUUCAGAAUGAAGGCUCUUAG